GGGCGCAUUCAGUUAAAACGGCACUUUCCGAGCAGAGAGCAGCAGGUCAGCCUCUCACACCGGACAAUACAGCUCAGGACAGUCCAGGAUCACCAUGCUGCUGCUAGCCAUACACUGGAUUUUUAGCUCCUCCGUUUGUUUUCUUCUUCCAACUUGCGUGAUCGGCUUCAACCUGGACACUAGUCAUGUUGUGAGGAAAGACGGUGAACCGGGGAGUUUGUUUGGUUUUUCCAUGACCAUGCACCGGCAGCUCAACCCGGAUAAAAGAAUGUUGUUGAUUGGAGCCCCAAAAGCCAAAGCGUUAGGAGUCCAAGAAGCUAAUAUCACUGGAGGUCUUUACAAGUGUGAGCUCACCCAGUCCAGUGACUGUGAACGUGUUGACUUUGACGGUGAAGAGGACAUCCGUGUGGAGAAUAAGGAGGACCAGUGGAUGGGGGUAACAGUGCAGAGCCAAGGACCAGGAGGGAAGAUUGUGACAUGUGCCCAUCGUUACCAGAGAAGGCUGUUUAUGAACACCCCUCAGGAGUCCCUGGACAUCACAGGACGCUGCUAUGUUCUGAGCCAGAACUUGACCAUCGACACCUCGUCUGAUGAAGACGGAGGAAACUGGAACUUCUGCCAGGGCCGGGCCCGAGGACACGAGAGGUUUGGCUCCUGUCAGCAGGGACUCGCUGCUGCUUUCACCAAGGACUAUCGCUAUGUGAUGUUUGGAGCUCCUGGAGCAUACAACUGGAGAGGUAUUGUGCGAGUGGAGCAAAAGAACAACACUUUGCUGGAGAUGGGCAUAUACGACGAUGGGCCAUAUGAGGUAGGAGAUGAAAACCUGCUGAACCCAGAACUGGUCCCUGUUCCUGCAAACAGCUACCUCGGCUUCUCUCUGGAUUCAGGCCACAGUAUCAUGGCAGGUGGUGCUCUGACGGUGGUUGCUGGAGCCCCCAGAGCCAACCACAGUGGAGCAGUGGCUCUGCUGGGGAAGGGGCCUCAAGGCUCCCCCAGACUGUCUUUGGUGCACACCCUACAGGGGCCUGGCCUGGGCUCCUCUUUUGGAUACGACCUGGCUGUAGUCGACCUCAAUCAUGAUAAAUGGCAGGACAUAGUGGUGGGUGCGCCUCAGUUCUACCUGAAAGACGCCGAUGUUGGAGGAGCAGUUUUUGUCUACAUCAACAAGGAAGGGAACUGGGACCAGGUCACUCCUAUUCGGCUCAAUGGGACCAAAGAUUCCAUGUUUGGACUGGCCGUCAAAAACAUCGGUGACAUCAACCAAGACCAUUAUGAAGAUAUUGCUGUAGGUGCUCCUUUCGAUGACAACGGAGCAGGAAAGGUUUAUAUUUAUCACGGUUCAGCUCAAGGCAUCAACACCACUCCUGCACAGGUUCUCUCUGGAAAAGAAAACAAUAUUAAAUUCUUUGGAUAUUCCCUGGCUGGAAACAUGGAUUUGGAUAGCAAUUCGUACCCAGAUCUGGCUGUGGGAUCGCUGUCAGAUGCUGCAUUGAUUUACAGGGCACGACCAGUCAUUAGCAUUUGGAAAGAUGUCAAAAUAACUCCACGGGACAUUGACCUCACAAUUAAAACCUGUGGCAACAGUAUUUGCUUCUCAGUGGAUGCGUGCUUCAGUUACAGAUCAAACCAUGCCUCAUACAGCCCUAGAUUAACUAUCAACUACUCUGUGGAGGCUGACACAGCUCGUUGGAAACAGGGCCUCCCCUCCAGAGUCGUGUUUUUGAGCAAAUCUAGCUCAGAAAAUGACUUCAUCCAUAAUGGCACUUUGGAGCUACGUGGACAAAACCAGGAAACAUGCAUUAAGCUAAAAGCCAAGCUGAAGGACAAUAUUAAAGACAAGAUGCACAGUGUUCCCAUUGAAGUGUCUGCAGACAUUAUGGGUCUGAAACGGCAGAAGUCAAGGAACGGCAUCCCACAGCUUAUGCCCAUUUUGGAUCCAUCCAUGUCCAGCAAAGAAAUCAGUGAAAUAAACUUUUUAAAAGAAGGCUGUGGUCCGGAUCAGAUUUGCCAGAGUAAUCUGAAGAUGAAUUAUGAAUUAUACUACAAGCAAAACAACCAAGGAACAUUUUCACCCAUACCUGUCAAAAAUGGCAUCCCAGUAUUUUACCUGAACUAUGAGAAGAAGGACUUGGCUGUGAAAGUGACAGUGAACAACAAGAAUGGAGAUGAUGCGUAUGAGGCAAAGCUGACUGGGCUAUUCUCAGAGAAUCUGACCUAUUCUGGAGUGCGCUCACAGGACAAACAGAUUCUGUGUAAUGCGAACCAGAAUGGGUCUCUGGCCGAGUGUGAGCUGGGAAAUCCUUUGAAAAGAGACUCAGAGGCUGUGCUGUACAUCCUCCUGAGCACAGCAAGUCUCACUUCAGACACAGAAGAGAUGAACAUAGACCUGGAGCUCCAAACGACCAGUGUACAAGAAAACAUUGCUUUUUCUGUGAAGGUUCGAGUGAUAAUUGAGGUUCCAUUAACAGUGACUGGGUUGGUUAAUACAAAUACAGUGCAUUUCGGUGGUACUGUCAUAGGAGAAAGCGCCAUGAAAACAGAAGAAGACAUCGGGAGUUUGAUAAGCUACAAGUUCACAAUAAAUAAUUUGUGGAAGAAGUCUACUCCUGCCUCACUAUACAUCCACUGGCCAAAGUCGGUGAAAAAUGGGAAAUGGCUUUUGUAUUUGGUAAAAAUUACAGCUAAGGAAGGAACAAAGGACAUUAUCUGCACUCCAAAGUCUGAAAUAAAUCCUCUUAAACAUAUUAAGGAGUCUUCUUCAUCCAGGACAAAGCGAGAGAUUGGAGAAAGAAAAAUAGCUGAGAGAUCUGCAGACCAGAGAAAAGUUUUGUCCUGUGAGAAUGGUCUGCAGUGUGUGUUACUCAAGUGCCCCCUGGAGGGAUUGGACGGAACUACAGUUGAGCUCAAAUCGCGCUUGUGGAACUCGACUUUUCUUGAGGAUUACAUUUCUUCUACACCUCUGGAUAUCAUUGUGAAGGCCUCACUUGUGCUUCACACCUCUACAAAAAACACAGUCCUCAGAACACCAGACUCCAAUGUGACCGUGACCGUGUAUCCAGAGACCACCAUCACGCCGUACGGAGGAGUGCCCUGGUGGAUCAUACUGGUCGCUGUCCUUGCUGGCAUUUUAAUUUUAGCUUUACUUGUGUUUCUGCUUUGGAAGUGUGGAUUCUUCAAUCGCUCCAAGCAGGAGGACACAGUGGCUGUCCCUCGGUACAACGCUGUGCGGAUACGGAAGGAGUCUUUGGAAUAUAAAGACGGGAAAGUGAAACUUGAUGCUUUGGACAAAAAGCAAUGGAUGACCACUUGGAUCAACAAUGAAAGUUACUCAUGAUUUGAGUUAAACUCAGGUCCCUGGACUUUCUACACUGAACUAUUUUACUUCAUUGUAAACUUUGGCUCACCAUGAGCGAUAUGUAGAUGUGUUUUGAAGACACUGUCAACAUUUUGUAAGUUUUGUAAAUAAUGAAAUACUUGUGCAAGCACUGUAUAUUUAUUUUUUGAUAUUUGAAAUGCAAUUUUGCAGCCAAAAAUGUUUUGGCCUUGAAUCUGCGUAGCAGAACAAAUGACUGAGCUUUAUACUGUUAAAGGAGCUUUGCACCUACAUUUGGUCCGUGCGAAGAAGGUACACUGUAAAAUUAUGUGAAUGUAAGUAAAAUGUACAUUUUGGGUCCAGUUUUUUUUUUCUAUGCAAAAACAAUUUAUUUUACAAGGCUGAAUUCAGGUACAUUAAGUCUUCACAAAAUAAACAAUGUAUCUGGAGAAAGUCCCUGAAAGGACCAUUGAAACAGGUAGCAUCCACUGUACUGUAGCUCUGCACUGUAGAAAAAUUGGUUCUACAUUCAAAAGGGAAAAUGUGAUCUGUCUCAAUUGUUUUGUUGAAUAAUAAAACUGUUUACAAUGUCAA